AUGACAGCAACAAACAACAACAGCAACUAUAUCGUUUCUGAUGAAAAAGUUAUUGAUUCAUUAGCUGAGGAAUUAGUUGUGGCAGAAACUAAAACCCUCAACGAAAGAAUUGGUGAAAACAAGAUUGAUUUACAUAACUACCUCAAACACGAUGGAGGAAGAGGAAGGAAAACUGGUAUGGCUUUAUUAGUAAAUAAAAUUUCAAAUUUAACGAUUAUAGAUGUUGAUAUCAAUAAAUCAUACAAUGAUGAACUUAAAGAAACGGUUAGAAAAGACAUUUUAUCAAAACUUUCGGAUAAAGAUGUUAUCGUUAAAACUGCUUCAGGAGGUCUUCACAUUUAUUGCAACACUAAUUUCUUCUAUUCAGUUUCGAACAGAAUGAUUAAAUGCUAUUCUUGCAAUGAUUAUGAUAUUGACAUAAUGACUUCUAUGGAUGAUUCAAAGCGUUCUUUAGUAGUUAUGGCUGAUUCAAGAGUUCGCAAGAAUGCAACAGAACCAAUCAAUACAUACUCAUUCAUUCGUGGAAGUUAUGAUUCAACAUUAACUAGAACCGUAAACGAUAUAUUAAAUGAUUUGAAUAUUAAGGUAAGAGUUGAACAGAAGAACGAAGAAAUAAAGACUAUCAUGAAUGAAAACAAAGAUGUAAACAUUGACGAUAAACUUGCCCAGAGCAUAGUUGAUGGCAUCAGUGAUUUUGAAGUACAUAAUGACGGUGGAAACAUGAAUUUAGAAAAAGAAGUUACAUUAUUCACACUGUUUCAAGCAAUUAAUUCGUUACCUAAUCAUUUAAUUAAUGAAGCAUACGGUAACGUUUAUAACUUCUGCAAUUUAACUGAAAAUGCAAAAAGUAAUUUUGAAAAAGCACGUAGUAGAUAUGCACAUUUAAUGACUUCUCCAUUUGUUUUGGUGAAGAUUCUAAAACUAUACCAAAAAGAAUAUUAUGAUGAAUACGUUUUACCUUUAUUACGUAAGCCAAAAAUAACAUUUGAUAUAAAACUUGAUGA